AUGGAGGAGGGUUCUGCAGGACCAUUUUGGGGUCUGGUUCAGGGUCUGUCUUUCCAUUUUAUUGCAGGGCUGCAAGCUCAGACUGUCUUAGUCAAUGACACAGUCUCGGGGUUUAUCGGGACAGAUGUGGUCCUGCACUGCAGCUUCACCAAUCCGCUCCCCAAUGUGAAGAUCACGCAGGUCACGUGGCAGAAAGCCACCAAUGGCUCCAAGCAGAAUGUGGCUAUCUACAACCCUGCCAUGGGGGUCUCCAUCCUCUCUCCCUACAAGGACCGGGUGACUUUCCGGAAUCCUUCCUUCAAAGAUGGCACCAUUCAGCUCUCUCGGCUAGAGCUGGAGGAUGAGGGAGUUUACAUCUGUGAGUUUGCUACCUUCCCAACUGGCAACCGGGAAAGUCAACUGAACCUCACUGUGCUGGCCAAGCCUACAAAUCGGAUGGAGGGCACCAAACGGCCACUUAUUGCUAAGUCUGGCAGGACAGAAAAGAUCUUGGUAGCUACCUGCACCUCCUCUAACGGGAAGCCCCCCAGCACUGUCACCUGGGACACUAAGCUCAAAGGGGAAGCGGAGUUUCAGGAGAUCCGGAAUAGCAAUGGCACCAUCACAGUGAUCAGCCGGUAUCGGCUGGUGCCGAGCCGGGAGGCCCACCGGCAGCAGCUCAUGUGCGUGGUCAAUUACCAGCUGGACCGCUUCACUGACAGCAUGACCCUCAACGUGCAGUAUGAGCCAGAAGUCACUAUUGAAGGCUUUGAUGGCAACUGGUUUCUCAACCGGAAGGAUGUGAAGCUGAUAUGCAAAUCGGAUGCCAACCCCCCAGCUCACACCUAUGAAUGGAAGCUGCCAAAUGGGACUCUGCCAGGGAGCGUGGAAAUCCAGAACAACACCAUCUACUUUAAAGGGCCUGUCUCCUACAGCGUGGCUGGCACCUACAUCUGUGAGGCCUCCAACGCCAUCGGUACACGGUCAGGCUUGGUGGAAGUCAAUGUCACAGUGGUGGGUGGGGAGUUCCACGAUCCGAACAUCCCCACACCGGUGAUUGGGGGCAUAGUGGGAGGAGUCUCGCUGGUCCUGGUGGUGGCCGUGGUGCUCUUUGUGGUACUCCGGCGCCGGCGUCACACCUUCAAGGGUGACUACAGCACAAAGAAGCACGUGUACGGCAAUGGCUACAGCAAGGCUGGCAUCCCACAGCAUCAUCCCCCCAUGGCCCAAAACCUCCAGUACCCCGACGACUCGGACGACGAGAAGAAGCCGGGCCCGCUGGGCGGCAGCACCUACGAAGAUGAGGACGAGGAUGUGGGAGGCGAGCGCAAGCUGGGUGGCCCCAACAAAUACGAGGAGGAUGCUAAGCGGCCUUACUUCACGGUAGAUGAGGGGGAGGCGCACCCCGAACCUUACGACGAAAGGACACUCGGCUUCCAGUAUGACCCCGAGCAGCUCGACAUAGCGGAGAACAUGGUCUCACAGAAUGACGGAUCUUUUAUCUCCAAAAAGGAGUGGUACGUGUAG